CUCUCUAUCUCUAGAAUCCUGAAAGAUUUUGGUUUCUUGGAGAAGAGAAGGAAGCCCCCCAAAAAAGGAAACUAAUGGAGCAACGUCCGUGACAGUGGAAGGAAGCCGGGGACGAUAAAGAGCUUAUCCACCUACUUUCAGCUUCUAUUCUGGGAUCUAAGAAAAAAGAAGAAUCUGAGCAAUGGGGGAUCCUGUAACUCCUAUAAAAGAGAACCGAUCAGAGAUGGGGGUAAACCCUUCUUCUUCUUCUUCAACCUCUUCGUCACUCUUGAAUCUCCCUUCUAAUAUGUCUCGAAGCUCUCUGUCUCUUGAAACUCCUUCGUCUUCGUCUUCUUCUUCUUCUCCUUCUUCUUCUAGGAGCCACAUAGAUCGCCUGUUGGGUGUAGGGAUUAAUCCUUCUCCUUCUAGAACAAUUUAUAGUGACCGCUUCAUCCCUAGCAGAUCUGCUUCUAAUUUCGCUCUUUUUGAUAUCUCUCCGUCGUCGAACUCCUCGUCGGAGGGGCGCGAAGAUGGGUCUGGUACUUACGCUACUCUGCUGAGGACAGUUCUCUUUGGCCCUGAUUCGGGGGUUGUUUCGCCGAUUACUCCUGAGAAACCCGCAGGCUUCAAAGCCCGGCAUUCUCCAUUGACUCACCCCAAUAGGAAUAUUUUUAGAUAUAAGACCGAAACCCGACGCUCUCUCUACUCUCUCUCUCCCUUUGGCUUCGAUGAUACGUUGCCCGGGGUAAACCCUAGCCCGGCGAAGACUCCUCGAAAGGUUCCGAGGUCCCCUUACAAGGUACUGGAUGCACCUGCAUUGCAAGAUGAUUUUUAUCUGAAUCUUGUGGAUUGGUCUUCACAUAAUAUGUUGGCUGUGGGGUUGGGUAACUGUGUUUAUCUGUGGAAUGCUUGUAGUAGCAAGGUGACAAAGUUGUGCGACUUAGGAAUGGAUGACAAUGUUUGUUCGGUAGGAUGGGCACAGCGUGGAACACACCUGGCUGUUGGAACUAAUGACGGAAAGCUUCAGAUUUGGGAUGCAUCUCGGUGUAAGAGGGUAAGGACUAUGGAGGGCCAUCAGUUGCGGGUUGGGGCUCUUGCCUGGAGUUCGUCCUUGUUGUCUUCAGGCAGCCGGGACAAGACUAUUCUUCAACGUGAUAUACGUGCUCAGGAUGAUUUUGUUAACAAGCUCCCUGGGCACAAGUCAGAGGUUUGUGGACUGAAAUGGUCAUACGAUAACCGGCAGCUGGCAUCUGGAGGGAAUGAUAAUAGACUUUUUGUUUGGAACCAACAUUCAACCCAACCUGUAUUAAAGUACUGUGAACACACAGCAGCUGUAAAAGCGAUUGCAUGGUCCCCACAUUUUCAUGGGGUUUUAGCAUCUGGUGGUGGUACAGCAGACCGAUGUAUACGUUUCUGGAACACAACCACAAACUCACACUUGAGUUGCAUGGACACUGGCAGUCAGGUAUGCAACUUGGUGUGGUCUAAGAAUGUCAAUGAACUAGUUAGCACCCAUGGCUACUCUCAAAACCAAAUAAUCGUCUGGAGAUAUCCUACAAUGUCAAAGUUGGCAACACUUACUGGGCAUACAUAUAGAGUUCUUUAUCUUGCAAUCUCACCUGAUGGUCAGACAAUUGUCACGGGGGCAGGAGAUGAGACACUUAGAUUCUGGAAUGUAUUCCCCUCUCCAAAGUCUCAAAAUAGUGACAGUGACAUUGGUGCAUCAUCUUUUGGAAGAACUCAAAUCCGUUGAUUUCUGCUGCCAUUAACAUCAAGACUACUAUUGCAAUCCCAAGGAUAAGGAGAAAGAGAGCUUUUCAUUCUAGGUUUGGCGUUUAUGAUAUAGAGAAACAUCAAACAGCUUGUGUUAAAAUGAACCUGUUACCCAAUCAGAAAUUGAAGGAAUGUAGAAGAGUAACAAUGCAAGGGCGACUGGUGAAAUUAUCUCCUAUGGUUCUUGGCAAAAACUGGAAUCUUUGGUUUGUUCACCCCUUUCAGAGAUAUUGAUGUAUAGUAGGGGUUGUUGGCAAAUCCUUGUUGGCUUCUCCCUUUGCAUGUACAAUGGACAGAAAAAGACUUCUUGAUUGAUAGAACAUCUUGAUGUAUUCCGUGAUUUUGUAAAGAAGUUAAUUUUUUUUCUUGCGGCCUUCAAA